UCACUUCCGGGGUUUGCCGGGUUCUGAAUCACACCUUUGCUAAAGUUAACUGAUAUAAACUGAAAUUUCAAGCAUACCAGACAUUCUGAAACAUGACAGAUACAAUUCCUAGAUGUGUUUUUGCUUCACUGCCAAGGACAACAAGAGGUGUGCCAAUAGUGUUAGGAGGAGAUCCUAAAGGCAAAAACUUUCUGUACACAAAUAACAACAGUGUUUUUAUUAGGGAUAUUUCAGACCCAGCAGUAGCUGACAUUUAUACACAGCAUUCACUCAAUGCUAUUUCAGCUAAAUAUUCUCCAAGUGGAUUCUAUAUUUGUAGUGGAGAUGCUGCAGGAAAGGUCAGAAUUUGGGACACAGUUAACAGGGAGCAUAUAUUAAAGGCAGAAUACCAGCCUUUAGGUGGCUGUGUCAAGGACAUUGCAUGGUCAGGUGACAGUACAAAGAUUGCAGUAUGUGGCGAAGGACGAGAAAAGUAUGCCCAUGUGUUUAAUAUGGACUCAGGAACUUCAGUUGGAGAACUAAGUGGUGUUGGUAAAUGUUGUCUUACAAUUGCAUUUAAAGAACAGAGGCCAUUUAAAAUAGCUAUUGGUUGUGAAGAUAAGAGUGCUGCAUUUUAUGAAGGCCCACCAUUUAAGUUCAAAACAUCAUUUAAGGACCAUACCAAUUUUGUAAACUCAGUUAGAUAUGCACCAGAUGGAAGUGUAUUUAUAACAGGAGGUGCAGAUUGUAAGGCUUUUGUGUAUGAUGGUAAAACAGGAGAAAUGAUUGGAGAAUUGGGUAUGCCUGCACAUAAAGGUGGUAUUUAUGGUAUGUGUUUUAGUCCAGACAGUUCUGAAGUUUUAACAGUAUCUGCUGAUAAAACUGCCAAAAUAUGGAAUGUAGCUAGUAGGGAAUUAGUUGUAUCAUUUGAAGUGGGGAAGACUAUAGAUGAAAUGUUGGUUGGUUGUCUAUGGCAAGGAGACAAUAUAAUGGCUGUAGCUCUUUCUGGUUACAUAUAUUACUUCAACAAAAAUGAUCCAUCUACACCACUAAAAGUUACCAAGGGACACAACAAACCAGUUACAGCUAUGGCAGUCAGUGAAGACUGUUCUACUAUUUAUACAGGGGAUCAGUCUGCAAGAGUUGUUCUAUGGAAUGCUGCAUCUGGUGAAAAUGAUGUUUUUAAUGGUAAAGGUCAUAGUAACCAAAUACAAGACAUGGUUGUUGCUGAUGGUAAUCUGAUCUCAGUUUCCAUGGAUGACACAAUACGAUUUACAGAUCUUAGUCAAAAUCAAUUUGGAGAUAACAGUAUAAAAUUAGAUUCUAUGCCAAGAGCAAUAGCAGCUAGUGGUUCAGGGCUGGUAGCAGUAGCGUGUAUUAACCAUAUCAUAGUGUUCAAAAAUGGAACCAAGAUAAUAUCUCAGGGAGUAAGUUUCGAACCUGUCAGUGUAGAUGUUUUGAAGGGAGGUUCAAUGAUAGCAGUUGGAGCUCAAAAGGGCAACAAAGUACAUUUGUACGAUGUUUCAAGUGGUGGACUGUCAGAAGUACAUGUUUUAGAUAACACAGGUGUUGCAUCAGAUGUUCAAUUUUCUCCUGAUGGACAGUAUAUAGCGACAGGUGGUGCAGAUAAAUAUGUUAGACUGUUUUCAAUGGCCAAUUAUGAGAAUCUAAUUAAUUUCCCAGCACACACAGCUAAAGUAACUUGUCUUGCGUGGAGUCCGGACUCAUCAAAGUUUGCUACUGGUAGCAUAGAUACUAAUAUAGUAAUUUGGAAACCAAGUGAAGGAAUGUCACCAAAAAUUAUUAAAGGAGCCCAUCAAAUGAGUGUAGUGAACAAAUUAGCUUGGUUAAAUGACAAAGUGCUAGUAUCUGCAGGUCAAGAUAGCAAUGUUAAACAGUGGGAUAAUGCAUAAACCAAAAGACAUUUGGAAUCAUGUGAUUUGGUGCAGGAACUACAUUUGUAUCAUGUGAUAAUCAUGUGACCAAUAAAUCUUAUGUUGAUACUUAACAGACUUCAUGAUCAGCUGAGGAUUGUUGGUUAAGCCAUUCCCUAGAUACUUUUAAAAUUAUAUUUAUUGUCAUUUUUAUCAGUAUCUUAAACUCAAUAAUGACAAUAUUUUGUACCAUAAGUUUCCAAAUGACACAAAUGAACUUUAAUAAUACAAAGGUUUCACAUACAACUUUACACCAAAAGAAAAAGUAAACAGUAGAUCCUUAGACUUAAUACUGCUGUAGGUUCAUAUUUAACCAUGGCGUACUAAUUUUCAUGGAAUUUUGUGGGAAAAGGCAAACCAUGAUUUUAAUUAUCCUUACUCAACAUAAUGAAACCUUCCUUAAGACUUACAGAAUUUGUUCAAGCCACUAAAUCAAAUCCAUACCUGCCAACAUUUCAAAAUGCCCAAGGGGGUUUAGCAUGCAAGAUGGCUCUCAUUGUCCCACAAAACCUUUAAAGGGGCCUUCAAAUUUAUUUUAAUGAUGUUUAUUGCUUCUUCAUUUCAUACUUUUACAAUCAUAUACCCAUGGUAAAAUUGAUUGUUUUGUUUUAAAUUGUGGACAUAAUUGCUCUUUUAAAAUUUCCAAUUGGGAGCCUCCAUGGGGGAAAUCCCCCACAAAUAGUGGCAGGUAUGCAAAUCUCCUGUAAAAAAUAUUUGUUUUCCUUUAAUGCACGAAAAAAUUGAAAUAAAUACCAGUGGAAAAUAUAUGAAUCCACAGCAGGAAAUCAGAAAAACAAAUUUUUGACCUCUUUUGACCUCCUUUUGACGAUAUAUAUAAACAUAAAUAAUAUCGAAAUUUUCAUUUAAACAUAAUCUUCAAUGUUAUGUUUGGCAGUGAUUAUGUGUGUAAAAAAAUAACUAAAAUUUCUCAUAAGCUUUUGUGGCAGUAUUAAGGUGUGUAAAAAAUUAGCUAAAGUUGCAUUUCUAGCUUUAAUUACAGCAUAGUUUCACAAUCAUACACACAAUGACUAUCAGUUUGAAUAUUUUCCAAGGUAAUUGAUUGACCAAUAACCAAUACAGAUGGCUAAGGUGCAAUUUAUAAAUCAUGAUGAACAAUUUACAUUUCCUGUUAUUCAUAUAAAUCUUACUUUGUACUUGAAGUAUGUUUUGAUUGUAAAAAACCAAUAGAUUAUAUUUUUUAUGUUUUCAUUGAAUGUAUGAGUGAUCAAAAAGGCCAAAAUUUUAUGCUAUUCACAUAUGUAUUAAGUUAAAUAUCUAGGAAAUCCAAGGAGUCUUCUUUUUCAUACCAUAUAUAUAACUAAUAUACUUUUUUGUUUAGGGGCCAGCUGAAGCCCGCCUCCAGGUGCAGUAUUUUCUCGCUGUGUUGAAGACCCAUUGGUGGCCUUGGGCUGUUUUCUGCUCUUUGGUCGGGUUAUUGUCUCUUUGACACAUCCCCCGUUUCCAUUCUCAAUUUCAUAUCUCAAUGGGUCUUUUCAAGAAAAAAAUUAUUCUAUAUUUAGAAUACAUAGAAUUCCUUUCAAGGUUAUAUAAGCCACAAUUAUUUGUCCUAAUACUGCUACUCUGGAUAGAAUAUGAGUAAUCAAACAAUAAAUUACUUUAUGAAUAAACAUACUGUUUAAAAAAAAACAGAAUCAGCUAAAAUAAAAUGCAUAGCACAAAUGCCUAAAAUAAAUGUUUUCUGCUAUACUUGUUAUCUGAUAUUGUUUACCUUAGUUAUUUGUGUAACCAUAGUUACGGCAAUAUUAUUUUAGUUGCUUACCAGUAUGUUUUAAUUGUAUUAGCUACGACACUGAUAUUUGUUUUUGUUUGUUUGAUAAUUAUAGAUUAUCGUUGGUCAUCUCAACGAGAUUGAUUUUCUCGCUUGAGCCGGUACGGCGAAAGUGAGAAAAGCAAUCGAGUUGAGAUGACCAAUGAUAAUCUGUUUAUCACUAUUUUACCUAUGAAGACGUUGUUAAUUUCCUUGACAACGGCAUGUGUUCCCUCAGUUUCUAGCGAUAAUUUUCAUAUCACUCGACUCCGUUUUCAUAUCACUCGACUCCGCUGAGAACGGAAAUUAUCAGUCAACAAGAUCAAAGGAAAAAUUCGUAAAAAAGCGAUAAUAAGUUUUCUUGACAUCCAGACAUUAUAGUGAAAAGAGAGAAAAAAAAAAAUUAAACAUGAAGUGUACUUAAACAUAAGAUUAACAAGAACAGUUCUAAGCUAGAAAAGAAAAAAAAAUUAUUGGUUACAGCAGCAACUAUAUUUUGCAUGACUUGUCAAGGAAUUUAAUAAAUUCUUGUAAUUUUGUAUUUACUUAUUAAGGUCAAAACAGAAGUCCAUGUGUCUAUACAUACAAUUUAAAAUUACCAAAAUGAAAAUUAAGGACAGUUGUGUGAGAAAUUUUUGAGUCUAUAAAAGUUCACAAAAUAUGGGAGAAUUUAGGUAUCUUUCUAAUAAUUAGAGGUAAAUUGAUAAUCAUGUAUUCUUUAAUGUAAAUGUCAUAUCUUUGUUAUUAUUAUUAUUUUCUUUAUUUGUAUAAAUGUCUACCAUUUGUGAUUUUUUUAAAGAACAAACUAUGCAAAUUAUUGUUGGAAGGUUAAGCUUUUUGGUAGAUAGAUUUGCUGCCAUGGUCUGAAUGUAUGCAUGUAUUGUCUUUCUUUUAUUAUAAAAAAACAAUAAAUAUAUUUAUAUAACUUUAAA